UUUAAAUCAAAAUUUUGAAAAUCAAAUAUAAUUUUUGUGUUGAGUUUUAGUUUGAAAUUAAGCCAUGAUUUCGAUGUUUAGAUCAAAUCAAUGGCUUUUAAAUGCAAACAAAUGCUUAAAAGUAAAUACAAAUGGCAUUGCAUUAAAAGACAUCGGAAGGACUUUCACGAAGAAAGUGAUGACAAGAAAUGAUAAUUUGGUCGACAAUCCAAACAUUAAAUCAUUGGUCAAACCAUUUCUCUUCACAGUUGGGUUUAGCGGAACUGUAUAUACGGUGUCUAUUGUCUACAAUUAUGAGAACUCGCUCUCAAGACUGCCAUUCAGUAAAUGGAAACGAGAUUUGCAUUCAUUUCAAGACAAUUACGGUAACAGAAAGGCUGGAACUCUGAGGAAUGAAUUGAAUCAGUGGUGGAACUCAAGAACCACUGGAUUUAAAGUAUUUUCAUCGAUCGCUGCCAUCAAUAUAUUGGUAUUCAUUGGUUGGAAAAUACCAAGACUUCAGCACUUUAUGUCCAAACACUUUAUGACUUAUACCACAAGCAUUUUGCAUUCAUUCACUCAAAUCGGUGUCAAUACCUUCGGAACCGAACAGUUCAUCGCUUUGUAUCUAAGCUCAGGUGUAAUCUCUUCUUUCGGGAGUUAUUUGGCAAAAGUAUUGACUAAAAAAAGUGCCGCCUCUUUGGGAGCUUCCGGAGCCAUUCUAGGGAUCCUCUCGUCGUGUUGUAUAGCAAGACCUGAAUUGGAAUUAGUUAUCAUAUUUCUGCCAUUUUUUACCAUUUCUGCGGGAAUGGCAUUGAAAGGCAUUAUUCUCAUGGAUAGCGCUGGCCUAGUAUUAGGCUGGAAAUUGUUUGACCAUGGUGCACAUCUGGCCGGCACUUUGUUUGGCAUUUGGUACGCAACCAAUGGACUAAAUGUUAUUUCACAACACAAACCAAAAGUAAUUGAAGUUUGGCAACAAAUUAGG